ACCAGCCUGGGCUAGCAUGGAAUUCUUGCUAGUUUAUGCUGGAUUUUGUCUGUCUCAUGCUGAUGUUACAUAGGACUGUUUUUGUCAGGAAAACUUUGGUGAGAGUAUGUAAUUAAAAGUCAGUUUGUCAGAGGCUUUCUUGCAGAUGGGGCUUUGUUGUUUCAAGUCUGAAGAUAACAAUGUCUCAGAGCAACCGUGAACUCAUCAAAAAUUAUUGUGUAAUUGUCUUUAAUUCUGUGACUCAGAGGAGGUGCAAUUUGGCCUCAUGUUGUUUUUUUCUGGCCCUUGUUUUCCUAAUGCUCUUUUGGGACUGUGGUCAAAACAAAUACCUCUUCUUGCCCUGCACUGAUGCACAAGGAUUCAGGAAGACUGCUAGACAAGCUGGUAACACCAAACUGUGCCCAAUGUCUGUACAUGUCCUAUUGUGGCUUCUAUUUUCUGUGUUGGUGCUUCUACCGUGGGCAGUAUGUGGGGCUCUGGUAGAUGAGACUCUGCAGGAAAAGUGUGUGAACUUGGAUGCUCCACAGAACUUAGAAGGUGUUGGUUUCUAUCAGGAUGGUGAUGUGAUUAUCGGUACUCUCAUUAAUGUCCACAACCUGGCUGCAACCCCUGACCUGAGUUUCACCAGAAAAGCUGAAUUAGCGCCAUGCUUAGAUUUUCAGGAACGUUCUGUUCGCUGGCUUCAGGCAGUUGUGUUUGCAGUUGAAGAAAUUAACCGGAGCCCCACUCUGUUGCCAGGGGUCAGACUGGGUUAUCACAUAAUGGAUAGCUGUUCCCGAUACCCCCACAGCCUGAAGGCAGCUAUCUCAAUGAUCAGUGGAGGAAAUGAAACUUGUGGUACCACUAGACCUGCUAAGCUCCUCAUUGGAGAUUCUUCUUCUACUCAGAGCAUUCUUCUAUCCAGGACCCUGAAUCCCCUACAGAUUGCAUUGAUCAGCUACCUGGCUAGCUGCCAAUGUCUCAGUAACAGACAAAAGUAUCCUAAUUUCUUCCGCACUGUCCCCAGUGAUGCCUUUCAGGCACGCACCAUGGCACGGAUGGCCAAACGGUUUGGUUGGACCUGGGUUGGAGCCGUGGUUGCCGAUAAUGACUAUGGGCGAGGGGCUGUGCAGGUGUUUGAAGAGGAAAUCAAGGGCACGGGGAUCUGCUUGGCCUUUUUUCACACACUCUACAGGGAGCAAUUAACAAAGGAUGUGGCCCGUGCUGCAACAACAGUCCAAGCCUCUUCUGCCCAUGUGAUCUUGGUGUUUGCUUGGUAUACAGAUGUUGAGGCGUUUCUCUUGGAAUUGAUCCGUAGGAAUGUGACAGACAGGCUGUUCCUGGCAAGUGAGAUCUGGAGCACCAGUGACUAUCUUUUAGCCAAUCCCCAGCUCUACACCAUCUCUAAGGGAACACUGGGUGUGGCAUUAAGAAGCGUGCCCAUACCUGGUUUUGAUGCACAUCUCCGGCAGCUACAUCCUGCUCGUUACCCUAAUGAUGAAUUCUUGAGGGCCUUGUGGGAAAAUACAUUUGGCUGUAGCCUUACGAAAAGCUCUUCCAUGGUUACUCAGGAAGCCCUGCCUCCAUGCAGUGGCAGAGAGAGUCUGGAAGGGGUUCACAGUCAAUUUACAGAUACUUCUCAUCUUACAGUGACAUAUAAUGUUUACUUGGCUGUAUAUGCUGCUGCUCAUGCACUUCACUCUUUGCUGGCGUGCACCCCGCAAAACAAUUCUGAUCCUAAAAUAAAACCAAAGUGCUCCUCUCCAGACAACAUCACUCCAGCACAGCUUUUACAGCACAUUGGACAAGUUAAUUUCACCACUCAGUUAGGAGAGGAGUUUUAUUUCCAGGAUGGCAGCAUUCCACCUGUCUAUGACCUGGUGAACUGGCAGAGAGCUGCUGAUGGUUCACUCCACUAUGUUUCCAUUGGACGAGUAGAGGGGAACCAGCUCAUUAUUAAUGAGUCAGCCAUUACAUGGCCUGGAAACACUGAAAUGAUGCCUGUAUCCAAGUGCACUUCUGAGUGCCCCCCUGGGACACGUAAAGCCAUUAAGAAGGGCCUUCCAGUAUGCUGUUUUGACUGCUUGCCCUGUACAGAGGGGGAAAUCAGCAAUAGUACAGGCUCAAUAAAAUGUUAUCGCUGUCCCCAAGAGUUCUGGUCAAAUAGUUUCAGAAAUGAAUGUGUGCCCCGUGAGAUGGAGUUUCUCUCUGUUAGAGAAACAAUGGGCAUUACGCUGACCGGUGUUGCCAUUUCGGGUGCUGUCGUUACAGCUACAGUGGCUGUUAUUUUCCUGCACCAUAGGAACACUCCAAUAGUUAAAGCUAACAACUCAGAGCUCAGCUUCCUGCUCCUCCUGUCUCUCAAACUCUGCUUCUUGUGCUCGCUAGUAUUUGUAGGCCAGCCAUCGCUCUGGUCAUGUAGGAUUCAACAGGCAGUGUUUGGGAUCAGUUUUGUCAUGUGCAUCUCCUGUAUUCUGGUCAAGACCAUUGUAGUUCUAGUUGCAUUCCACUCUGCUAGGCCUGGAUCCUCAGCUCUUAUCAAAUGGUUCGGACCGGGCCAGCAGAGAGGAAGCGUUCUGGUCUUUACCUGCAUUCAGGUGAUUAUCUGUGCCAUUUGGCUCUCUGUCAGUCCGCCUUCACCUCGCCGUAACUUUGGAAUCCAUGGUUCAAAGGUCAUCCUUGAGUGCACAGUUGGGUCAGUUGUGGGAUUCGCCUGUGUACUGGGCUACAUUAGCUUUCUGGCUGCUGUCUGCAUUCUACUGGCCUUCUUUGCCCGUAAACUUCCAGAUAAUUUUAAUGAGGCGAAAUUCAUUACUUUCAGCAUGUUGAUCUUUUGUGCUGUGUGGAUUGCUUUUGUGCCAGCAUAUGUGAGCUCACCAGGGAAGUACAGUGUAGCUGUGGAAAUUUUUGCCAUCUUGGCCUCUAGUUUUGGACUCUUGUUUUGUAUAUUUCUCCCAAAAUGUUACAUUAUUUUACUCAAGCCAGAAAACAACACUAAAAAUUUUCUUAUGGGUAAAGCAUAAUUAUACACUUGAAAACCUUUUCUGUUUUGUGAUUCUGUUUCCCUAUAAUAAAGCUGUUCUGAGUCACA